AAAAACAAAUUUAUUUCCUUGUCAGGUGUCUAGCAACAUAGAGUCAAAAGUGUACCAGCUAAUAAUUUACCGUAAUAAGAUAUCAUUACUGACCAUUACAUAUUCAAACUAUCAAAUAGUUCAAUAUAUACCAACCCGUCACAUUUGGUUAUGUACAUGUAAAUAUAAAACAUAUUCUACGCUGCAUAACGAUGGCCGACAACGUUGAUACUCCUAUGACAAAUAACGAGGCGAAUGGUGUACCAAAUGAAAGUUCUGGCAGGGAUCAGAAUAACAGUGGUGAUAAGUCGCCACCACCUCCGGCUACUCCACCGCCGGCGGAAGAAGACACGCGAGAAAUCAUUGUAAUUAAUGAGAAUACCGAGGAAUUGGAUCUAAAUCAUGGAAGAAUAGGCAAGAUUGAAAAUCUAGAACAAUUGAAGCGUUUAGAGAGGCUGUAUUUAAGAUGGAAUUUAAUCAAGCAGAUCGAAGGUCUGGAUACACUUACCACUCUGGUGGAAUUGGAAUUGUAUGACAAUCAAAUUGUGGUCAUGGAGAACCUUGACAACCUUGUGAAUUUAGAAAUCCUAGAUUUAUCAUUCAACAGAAUAAAAGAAAUCAAUGGCCUCGACAAGUUAGUGAAUUUAAAAAAGCUGUUUCUUAGUUCGAACAAAAUAACGGAAAUAAAAAAUGUCAAUCAUCUCAACAAGCUGGAGCUUUUGGAACUUGGUGAUAAUCGAAUAAGGGAAAUCAAGAACCUAGAAGGAUUGAAGGCACUUAAGCAGCUUUAUUUGGGAAAAAAUAAAAUUACGAAAAUUCAAAACCUCGAGGAUGUCACGAAUUUGGAAAUUCUCGUCCUACAGAGCAAUCGCUUAACAAAGAUAGAGAAUUUGGAACAAUUGACGAAUUUAGAUCAGUUGUACAUUUCUGAGAAUGGUUUAACGGCCAUUGAGAACUUAGACUAUCAGGUCAAGUUACAGACACUGGAUUUGGCUAUGAACAGAAUUACUGUUAUUGAAAAUGUGCGGCACAUGACGGAUUUGGAGGAAUUAUGGCUAAACGACAAUCAGAUAUCAGACUGGUCGUCAAUAGAAUAUCUACAAGAGAACAAGAAACUAGCCACGAUAUAUUUAGAGAGGAACCCGCUGGCCUCAGACCCGGCGUAUCGGCGGAAACUCAAGUUGAUUCUGCCGUCGUUACAACAGAUCGAUGCCACUCUGUGUAGAUAAGAUGUUUAUUUUUUGUCUGUGGUCAAAUAUGGCGGCUGUUUGGCGCUUUUUUUCAAUUCUAAUUUUAAUCAUUUUUUUUUAAUAUAGUUUUUUUUUUUCAAUUUACAAUUAAUGUGUUAUGUUUAUUUUCAUUAAAUACAGUAUUGUUUUGUAAUUAUAUUUUUUUUUAUUGCGUAUUAUUUCAAUUCUAUUUCGUCAUUGUACAGCCGCCAUAUUUUUUUAAAUGUGUAUGUAGUUGUGAGACCUAGAUGUAAUGUAUGUUAUUGUUUUAACUUUAUUCAUUAUUAGAUCAUGUUUCGUAUAUACUUAGUAAUAUGUUCAAUUAUAUGUAUUGUAUUUGUUAUUCAUUAGCAGAUUGUAUAUAAUCAUAUUGUUUUUAAACUGUCAUUGAUUGCAUAAACUGAAAAUUCCGCUAUUAUCAUAUUAUGUACCAUAGACAAUAGAUUUUUAUAAAUUAAAUUAUUAUACAUUUU